AUGUGGGCCUUCAAUUUUCUCUGGAGUUUAGGAGUGGUUUGCUUUGGUAUUUGCGCCGGUGAAAGUGAUGGCUCGUCCACAUCCAGGAGUCUUGAGGCCUUGCGAUUCGUAUCAGGGUUUUUCGGGCUUGAUGCUGCCCACAAACGAGGAAGACACGCUGGGCAGUUGACAUUAAUCGGCGCAGGCUUUUCGCGUACUGGGACGAAGUCGUUGGAGGCAGCUUUAUUGCGGCUGGGCCACAAGGUGUACGACACGAGGUCCAUGCUGGAGUCUGGGCACACUUCCCGGUGGGAGGAUGCCGCUCACGAAUUCAGAGCCACUGGAAGUACAGCCCUGCUCGACCAGAUGCUGGCGGAGAUAGAAGCUCAAGGGUACACGGCCACCUUGGACUUCCCCAUGAACCUGUUCGCCCCGAUCUUCGCCAAUCGGCGCCCCUCGGCCAAAGUCUUGAUGAGCGUCCGACCUUCGGAGGAGUCUUGGGUCGAGGCUUGGGAGACGAUCAAUCGCAUUCUGGGUAUCUUCGUCUUGCGCCCCUGGAGAUGGCUCAUCGACAUGGAAUUCAACAAGCGAAUUCUCAAGACCCUGUACGAUUUCGAUUUUGAGUACCCCGUGUACCCAGAGCACAUCUGGAGGCCAGUGCCGUGGUUUGAGGUCGUGCAGCGAUUCCCGGCCUUCGAGUCCGAAGCGGCCAGGGGGCGAUGGGUUCAGCUGCACAAGCGGCUGCAGCGCGAGCUGGAGUCGCAGCUCCCAAGAGACGCUUCCGGGCCUUCGACGUCCGCAGCGGCUGGCCUCCGCUGCUCGACUUCCUCGGCAUCCGCGACGCCUCCCUGGCCGCGGAGCCGUUCCCACGCCUAA